AUGAGGCUAAAGUCGCGGUUAUUUGGUUGGUCCCUUAGGUAUGCGGAAAAGCUGACCAACGACGAUUUAUUGAACGCUAUAUAUCACUCUCAGAAUAAAGAUGUGUCGAGCGUCGACAUGCAAAUGGAGUCGAAGAGAGAUUCCGUGAACGACGGGCAAGAGAAAUAUCCCGACGACUUCUCGGCGGACGUCGAUAAUUACAACAGUCGAUCCGAUUACGACCGCUCCCCUAUAUCUCUGGCCAAGGACUCCGAAGACUUCAGAAACUUUUGGGAGACUUAA